UUUAACAAACAAAAAAAUUAUACUAAUUUCAAAUUGUAAUACCCCAAAAUUUUGUGAUAUUUUAGCAUUAAGUUAAGGACCUUGGUGAGAGGAAAUAUGGUUUUGGGACUUGAUAGCCAAAAUGUCCAAACUUGAGGGACUUAAAAGUGAAAGACAUUUGGAUAAGGAUCCACUCCUUUUUUUCCUUCUUUCUUCUUCCUCACCGGCACAUCUGCUCUUCUUCUUUCCCGUCCCCUGCAGCUCCCGAAAUUCCCCUCCAAGUCGCCGGCACCAGCCUUUGAGAAACCGGAAAGCUUCCGGAUCUGCCUUGCUCUGCUUCUUCACCGCCGGUUGCUCCUGCCUUGUGGGGGCGAAUUGGCCUGAUUUUCUGAUUGCGUGAAUUCCCCCUGCACUUGCCGCCGGCCUUCCCCAACUGCAGCUCCGGUUUUGCUUGUUAAAUUGUGGAAGUGAAACCGAGGACGGGGAAACCAUGGGAAGUGACGAGUUAAAAGGCUAGCCAUUUUGAGAUUGAUAUAGAUUUUAAAAAUAAAUCAUGAUCUUGUAAACUAGAGUGUAUUUGGAGAUUUUAUGAUAUCAUAACAGAUUUUAAUAUUUUAUUUUCAGAUUUUGUGGUAUUAGAUGUGAAUUG